AUGUCUCUGCGGAGCUCUAUCAGUACGCAGAGCUCUCAGGAGAGCCGGUUUACAAAGAGUAUCCUGCCCAAGACCGAGACUGUGAACGAGAUCGAGUCUUCGUCCAGCAUUGCAGACAUGAGGGUCAACGAAUCCCCGAAGCUUCGAGUCCUCAUAGCGGCGAAUGGAUCCAAGGAUGUUUCCCAAGCCCUCGCACUCAUCGUACGACUGUCCCAGACCUCCAAAAUCGAAAUGACGGCCAUUGUGGAGCCCGAUUUGUGGCCGGCCCCUCGGUUCUCCCACGAAAUGCGGGUGCUGCAAAAUCAACAUUGGAGGGAGGAGAGCAAGACCCAGGCCUUCUACAAGCACCAGGCUUACGAGUUGUGCGGUUGGGCAGAUAUGAUGGUGCUGGCGCCCAUCGACGCGGACACGUUUGCGAAGAUGCUGCACGGCAUUGCGGACUGCCUGCUCCUGGAGGUUCUGCGCGGGUGGGACGUCUCGAAGAAGAUCUUGCUGGUGCCCGGCAUGUCGACGUCGAUGUGGGAGAACCCGAUGACCAAGAGGCAGUUACACAAGGUGGAGAAGAAGUGGCAGUGGGUGCGGGUUAUGCAGCCCAUCCUUUGGGAUUACGAUCACGGCCCAUUGAAGUGUGUACUGGCCUGGGAUGGAUUCAACGAGCUUGUGAGUGUGAUCAAGAACCAGGCAGAGCUUAUCGCCAUUGGACACGACGUGGAUAUUGCUGCUUCUGGGGCUGCGAGUCUGGCACGGUACAAUGUUAAGACGGAAUGUCAGCUACCACCCGAGAUUUGGACUUUGAUCUUUGAGCAUGUGGGGGACUGGGAAGUGGCAAGGGCACUUGAUGUCUAUGCGAAUCUACCGACUCCUUCGGAAUGGAAACCGAAGCCUGGAGAUGCAAAGGAUGAACUUCACACAUAUAUGCGCUCCCUGGAAUGGACGAUCCUCACAUGUAAGACGGACAAGAUUAUCGAAAAGCUCAAAAUGGCACCCCCAAAUAUGAAGUUCCUCUCGAGUCUCUGCGUAAAGCUGGUAAUCAAAUUCUGUCUCACGGAUCUCCUCACAUAUCUGGAAUCGAAUUUCAAAGAUGUCUUCUGGUCAUCCUUUGGCCAGAAGCUGCUCCCCACCAAAGCCUCUGCGGUAUAUGGACGCACCGAAAUUUUGGAGUGGUGGCGAACAUCACCAAGCUUCCUCUCCAAGGACUAUACCGCGGAAGCUAUUGACGGAGCCUCAAAAUCUGGCUUCGUACACGUUCUGGACUGGUGGCGACGCUCUGGUUUACCUCUGAAAUACACCGAAUCAGCGCUUGAGCAGGCAUCCUCGAAAGGCCACAUCAUAGUACUGGAGUGGUGGAAGCAGGCAAGCAUGCCUCAAGGCACGUAUCACGCGGACAGUGAAUCCCGACCACGGCACGCCUCCCCCUCGAGAAUCAAAGACGGAGCUAGCACCCCCCCCGAACUUCAACCCGCCCUGCGUCUGAAGCCCGGCAAGUCUCUUCUUGCAGCCGCGCAGAACAACCAGUUCCUCGUUCUGCGCUGGUGGGACAACUCUGGCAUCUCCAUCUCGCAUUCCGAAUCCGUAGCCAAGAUCGCCUCCGCACACGGCCACGUCUCCGUCCUGGAGACCUGGCGCGAGCUGAAGGGCGAGAAGAUGGCGUUUGACUGUAAAGUCCUCAUCGAGCCGACCAAGAACGGCCACUUGGACGUCUUGCAGUGGUGGAAGAAUCUCAGCCGGGGGGAGGACGGGCGAGCCAGCGCACGGGUGGAGUACAAGACGUGCGAUAUCGAGGAGGCCAUGGAGGAUAGCGUGGGCAACGAGGGUACUGCGUUUGCAGUCAAGAAGUGGUGGGCGCAGAAUGGGUUGAAUCUCGGGGUGCAGGUUAGCGAGUGGACGAAAGUCAAGGUUUUGUGA